AUGUCCGACGUACACCUCCUCGUCCUCGUCCACGGCAUGUGGGGGCAUAUAGGCCAUCUCGAGCAGAUGAGACGUGCCUCGGAGGCCAUUAAGCCCACGGAUGGGUGCAGACUACACGUCUUGCGGCCGGUAACAAACUCGGAGGAGCAUACGUACGAUGGCGUCGACUGGGGAGGAGAGAGGGUCGCGCAGGAGAUCCUGGAUGAAGUGGACAGCCUGAAAGACAAAGGCGACAAGGUCGUCAAGUUCUCGAUCACUGGCUAUAGCUUGGGCGGGCUCAUAUCACGAUACGCCAUAGGGAUCCUGAAGCAGAAAGGUUUCUUCGACUCCAUCAUCCCUGUCAACUUCAUCACCGUCGCAACGCCUCACCUUGGCCUCAUCAGAUAUCGGACAACACUCUAUACUCUAUUCGCAUAUUUCGGCCCCAAACUCCUGGCCCGUACUGGCGAACAGUUCUACUCUGUCGACAAAUGGUCAGCGAACGGGCGCCCGUUGCUGGAGGUCAUGGCAGAUCCAGACCGUAUUUUCUAUCAGACCCUACGGUCUUUUCAGCGCAUCGCUAUCUAUGCUAAUGCCGUGAGCGACCAUACUGUUCCAUAUAUGACUGCCGCAAUAGACCUGGACGACCCGUUUGCUGAUAUGGAAACGAACGGACUACAAAUAGAAUUGAACGAGAAAUACAACAACGCCAUAAUCCUAUCCUACCACCUACCCGACGAGCCACCCGCGAAACAGCACAGCAAAUUCGACGCCCGCAAGCUGGCGACUAGCGCCCUGCUGUACGCCGCUGUGCCGCUCAUCGCACCUAUCGCCAUCCCCUACGCCAUCACGCGCUUCAUGCGCGAGUCGCGCUCGUCCCGCGCGCGCAUCAAGCUUCUCAAGACGGACGAGACGCUCGCGGCCAUGUUGGAGAAAAUGGAAGCGGACGUGGAGGGAAUGGUGGUUGGCUCGCCCACAAGCCCGACUUCGGAGAGGGAGAAGGAGAGUGCGGUUCCCAUGGCGGACGUGGAGGUGGAUAUCACGGAGCAAAUGCACGUCCUGCAGGUACCUAGGCGGUCGCAUUCGCCGGACGCGACGAUAGCGUCCUCAAGGCCUGCGUCGUCGGAGGGGACGCGCGCGUCCACUCCUGCUCAGGAUGUUUCGACGCCGGCAUCGUCUCCGCCCACUUCGACGUCCGUGAUCGCGACUGCGCCAGAGGGGACGACUGCGAAACCCCUGCACCGCACCCGGUCCAUGUCUCAGCUUUCCACGUCGUCGAAAGAGCAGAAGAAGUGUCAUCGCCGCAAGGAAAAGGUUCCGCACCCGGUCACGACGCCGCUUCAGCACAAGAUGGCUGAGCAGCUGAACGCGUUGCCAUUGGUCAAGGUGCGCACUUUCUUCCCGGGUGCGGUGAACUCGCAUGCGGUAAUUGUGUGCCGCGACUUGGAGACGUUCAGUUGGCAGAAAGCGGGGCAGGGCGCGCUGAGGCACUGGGCGGAUAACUUUGUCGCUUGA